AUGACUGAUGCUUUAAAUGAACAAAUAUGCUAUGACAAUGUUCAAUCAGCAGAGGAUGCAGUUCCGAGUCUAAACGCCCAAGAAAUCUUUCCUGAUUUAAAGAAAGGAAUAAAAUUGCCAAAAUCGCCAUUACAAUGGUCUACUGCUAACGACUUUUUUCAACUCACUCUUUCAAAUUACCCAGUCACAACCCAAGAAAUCAAUAAAAGUAUCAAUACCAUGGCAACAGUGAUAUACAAUUACUUCAGUGAUAAUUAUGGAUUUGUUGACGCCAACAAUAACAACGAAUUUGAAUCAAAGUAUAAGUCAUGUUCGGCUAAGGAGCUUAAAAAAGUAUUAAAAAAUUUAAAGUGCAAAAACGGUGAUCUGAAAGAAAUCAAAUUUGUUGCUAAAAAGCUGCGUUGUCUUCUUAGUAAAAAUAACACCGACCUACAACAUGCUGAUGUCAACGUGUCAGAUAACAUUGAUCACGACAAGUUAUUCAAUAAUAAUUUCUGGGGUUACGUUAAAAAAUUUCUUAAGAAAAAAACAGAAUCGUUUCCAACAUUUGGUCUUGCCCAAUGUACAGCUUACUUUACUAAGACACUUUCCGCAGUUAUUCCAAAUAAAACAUUCAACAUUCCUAGCUGGAUUCCCAAGUUUAAUUCCCCAACAACACCAUUUAAUCUUGACCCUCCGACCUAUAAUGAGAUUACAAAUGUCAUUCGAAAGAUGAAACCGUCUGGCUCACCGUGCCCUCUCGACCAAAUAUCUGUUAUCUGUCUUAAACGCUGCCCAUAUCUAUGUACUUAUUUAACUGAAAUUAUCCAUGCUGCCUGGUCAUCUGGUAUUGUUCCAUCAGAAUGGAAAAAAGCGUGCACGAUAUUGAUUCACAAAAAAGACGAAACUGACAAUCCCGCUAACUUCAGACCAAUAACUCUAGAAUCUGUUCCGCUCAAAGUUUUUACGUCGUGUCUUCGUAACAAAAUUUUCGCUUUCCUAUUUGAAAACAAUUACAUAGAACAUGACAUCCAGAAAGGUUUUACCCCAAACGUUGCAGGAACUGUUGAACAUACAGCCCAUAUGGCGCACAUAAUCAACACAGCCCGUAUAAAACAAAGGUCACUUGUAAUCACUUUACUCGAUCUGAAGAAUGCAUUCGGUGAACUACAUUACAACCUUAUUUACAAAGUUCUUCAAUAUCAUCAUAUACCUGAUCCUAUAAAUGAACUAAUCCGGAGUCUUUAUACUAACUUCCAAACAUCUAUCAUAACUGAAAAAUUCAGUACCUCUUUCAUUACCGUCGGCCGUGGCGUUUUACAAGGUGACUGCCUUAGUCCACUCCUUUUCAAUAUGUCCUUUAAUACCUUCGUACAACACAUUAAAUCUGAAUCAUUCCUGCAGCUUGGUUUUUGGAAAUUUAAUAAAACUGGUAUUCCGUGUAAUCCAAUUCAUUGGUUCCAGUUUGCAGACGACGCGGCUGUCAUUAGUAGCCAAGAAAAAGAAAAUCAAAUCCUACUCAAUCGCUUCUCGGUAUAUGGUGUCAAUGGGCCAAUAUGA